CAAUCAACAUGGCUUCCUCAUAUACCCUCGUUAACAGCAUUUUGAUAUGUUCGAUUAGUUGCUUCUGAAGAACCGCAAAUUCAUGGACGUACACACAUGUAGAGAACUAUCUACUGAAUUAGUAGCGUCUUUCUUUCAAUGAAACUUUGGCAUUGUUUUGUAGGCCUACUUCAACCAAAUAAAUGAGAUGGAAUGUUUUGGAUUAUCACUGCCUGCUCUAAGGGAAAAAAUAGAUGGUGUGCAGCGCUUCCUUGCCAUUGCCCUCCGUAUUGCCAACGCGCAUACCGUGGACUUUUACACGCGUAAUAUUUGGGAUGAGUUCAUAGGUCUGACACCGGAGGACGUGUUAUCCCAAUUUAACGGUAACAUCAAUUCUCAUGAGACCACUCAAGAGGGAAACAUGGAAAACAACUUUGGUUUCAGCCACGACAGCGGGAAGCUGGUGCACAUAGGUGCUUUCCUGAAAGCAGCAGAAACUCACUCUCUCCCAAGCCUGAGGGUUUCUGUGCCCUUUGAAAAGUUAGUGGAGAUGUUCAUUGACACAGAGAGAUAUACCCGGUGGAAUGCAGAUUUGGACACCGAUGAGUUUAUGAACUGUAAGAAGGCACAUGAGGUCCAGGCCAUGUCUGAGGUGGUUGCUCUCCUGGCCCAACACUGCAGAGUUAAACAGGUCAUAGAUGUGGGAUCUGGAAAGGGUUAUUUAAGCACACAUCUCUCCAUGCUGUAUGAGUUGCAAGUGUUUGGCAUUGACUCUUCCAGCACCAAUACACAUGGAGCACAGGAGAGGAGUCGUAAACUGAAGAGAUACUCAAGAGUAAUUCAGAAACUCAAGAAAGAUGCCAAGGAGAUUGAACGGUUACCAGGAACUGGAAAGAAAAAAGAGCAUAGGGAGAGUGGUAUGGGAGAAUGUGUUGCAACUGAAAAGAAUUCUACACAGUUGCAAGACACUCAGUUGAGUGCUGUUGCAGAGGUGCCUGUGGAUGUCAGCAAUCAGCUUGGAGAACCUGUGGAAUGUGCAGUUGGAGAAGAAGGCAUGACUGAUCCUUUUCUUAGCGCCCUGUCUUUGAAUGCUGUGGAACCUAUCUCUGCCCGGGUCCCUCCCAGUCAGCUGAGCAAGGAGGAAAGGGAAAGGAGGAUGAAGGAGAAUCUGGAGAAAAAGUCAUGUAAUAGAGAAAGCAGCAGCAGCCUGUUCUUACCACUUACCUCCUAUGUCACUGCAGAAACAGAACUCCGAGAGGUCAUCCCUGAACUGAAGGAUGCGGUCAUGGUUGGGCUACACACAUGUGGAGACUUGGCUUCAAGCACACUGCACAUGUUUGCAAGCAAACGGGAGCUACGUGCCAUUUGCAGUGUGGGGUGUUGCUACCAUCUUCUUUCAGAAGAAUUUGACCAGAAAAGAGGGCAUCACACACCUAGCCUGAUUAAAGACCAAAUGCAGUCCAGUCCAGUGGUGGUGACUGAAGUUUGUGGUUUUCCCAUGAGCCAGUAUCUAAGGGAUCAGAAUUACUUCUGUGGCCGAAAUGCCAGGAUGUCUGCAUGCCUGGCCUUGGAGAGAGUGACAGUUGGUGGUGGGCUUCCAGUGGAGUCACUGUUCUACCGUGCAGUUCUACACGUCAUCCUUCAGGAUCACUUUGGUGCACACAAGAGUGAGAAGCGUGUGGGCAACGUUUAUUCCAAAGCUUCCUCUUUUGUGGACUACAUCAGGAGAGCCCUCAGGAAGCUUGAGCUGGAUGAGUCAAAGCUCUCCGAUGGAGACAUUCAGGAAUAUCAUGAUCAAUAUAAACACAGGAUAUGUGAGAUGUUGGCUUUCAACAGGCUGAAGGUGACAUUGGCCCCCUGUAUUGAAGGUCUUAUUCUCCUUGACCGGCUAUGCUACUUGAAAGAGCAGGAGAAUGUUUCCUUCUGUGCCCUGGUGCAACUUUUUGAUCCACUCAAGUCACCAAGAUGUUAUGGACUGGUUGCACUAAAGACUGACAUCAAGUCUUUAUGACAUAUAGGUCUAAGUUAUUACAUACCUAAUAAGUUGUAUGUAAUGCUUUAACUGGCAGGCAUGUUGCCUCAACUGGACUAAUGAACGUUAUAUAUAUUCAUCAGCUCUUUGAUUAAGUUUUAAAAAAUAGUUAUAUUAUUUCCAUUGUU